UAGCUUAUAAGCAUGAACGAAUGAACGUUAUUUAUUGCCACAUUAGAAACAAGAAUUAAAUAAAGAGAAUAAUUUACAAAAAUCUUGUUAAUUGUUAGUUACCUUUCACGUUGAUUUGCAAAGUUGUUUUAAUUUGUGUCAUAAACUAAUCAUUAUUCUGUGACAAAGCAAGCAAUUUAUUAUAAUUAUAGAAUUCAACAACCUGCAUUUUGAUGUUAACUUUACUACUCAUUGUUCUAAAUUCAGUGUCAGGUGUAUCAUUAUGUCUAAGAACAUUUACACAGUCACAUCAAAUAUCAAAACGACAGUUCCGGCAGAUUUUGAAACUGCUAUUACAGCAACCGGUUUCGGGAAAUUUAAUUUUUUAUUUCUCUUGCUAAUCCUUGCUUCAGGAUGGGCCUCUGGGUUAGAAAGUAGCACAAUGGCUUAUGUUUUUCCGGCAGCUCAAUGUGAUCUUGAUCUGAGUCUUGAAGAUAAAGGACUAUUAAAUGCUAUUACAUAUUCUGGAAUGAUUUCAAGUGCUGUUAUUUGGGGAUUUCUCUUUGAUACUCUUGGACGAAGAAAACUCUUAAUGAUUGGAUUUUCGUUAGAUUUUAUUUGUGUAGUUAUAAGUUCUUUAUCGCAAAACAAAGAAAUGCUGAUAGCUUCGAAAUUUUUUGGUGGUUUUAUCAUAAAUGGCCCCUAUGCGGCAUUAUCAACUUAUGUUUCUGAAUUUCACUCAAAUAAAUAUAGAGGACGAAUGCAAUUAAUGAUAGCAAUUAGCUUUUGUUGUGCAGGCAUGGUGUUACCCUUAUUAGCUUGGGGUCUUUUACCACAAGAAUUAACUUUGCAAAUAUCUGAUACAUUUAUCAUUUUCUCGUGGAAUAUUUUACUUUUCUUGUGCAGUAUUCCAUCGCUUGUAAGUGCAAUUAUAUUUGUUUUUGCGCCUGAAAGUCCGAAAUUUCUGAUGACUAUUGGUGAAAACGAACAAGCUUUAAAAAUAUUCCAAAAAAUCUAUUCAAAAAACAGUGGACAAUCACCAAAGUCAUUUCCGAUUACAGAGUUAAUAGAUGAAGUUAGUCUCAAAAAGAAAGACCCAAACGAACAUGGUGGACAAAUUACUGCUAAACGGAAUCAAAUGCAAGCUCUGCGGGAAGGAUGGCAACAAAUCAAACCGCUGUUUUUUCCUCCUCACCUGAAAAACAUAAUUUUGGUUUGUCUGAUUCAAACUCUGUUUACAAUGACUGUUAACACGAUGAGGCUUUGGUUGCCACAAAUAUUCCAAGCUUUGAAUGAUUAUCAAUAUUAUUAUAACGUGUCGUCUGUUGAUCUUUGCGAAAGCUUAGAAAUCAUCAAAACUUCAAAUGUUACAAGUGGUGAAUGCCAAGUUAAUACGGACAAUUCCUCAGUUUAUAUAAACGCUCUAAUUGUAUCAAUUGUUACACUUGUGGGUGAUUUGUGUGCAAGCUCUCUUAUCAAUAAAGUGGGAAAGAAAACACUUCUUUUCGUUUUAGGAAUUUUUGCUGGAGGAUUUGAAAUCACAAUGUAUUUCUCCAUGAAUACAGCUUUCGCAGUUGCAUUUUCAUCACUGUUUGCUAGUUUUACACAGAUAGGAGCUAAUGUUUGUAUUGUAGUUAUUAUAAAUUUAUUCCCCACUACUUUAAGAACAAUGUCAUUGGCGUUAGCUUUAAUGUGUGCUAGGAUUGGAUCAAUGGUUGGAAAUCUAGUAUUUCCUUUACUUAUUCGGACAGGUUGUGGGCCACCUUUUUUUACAAUCGCAGCGCUAGUUUUUGCUAGUGCUUUUUUGUCCCUUUUACUACCAAACACCGAUUCCAAGGCGUUGGAGUAACGUUUUAAAUCAUAUUUUAAUGUUUUGUAAAAAAUGUUGUAAAGAUUAUUUCUAUUAUGAAAAAUAAAAGAAAGUUUUCUACGAGUAA